CUCUGUAUUUAUUAUUCAGGACCUGCAUACUUACUUUACCAUUUGCAGCGUCAUAGUUAGUUCCUCUUUCUCUUUGUCGUUUGUGCUUUUGUGCUACUGAUGGCAAGUGAUCGAUUCUAAGCAGUAUAUUUUGACCAAAUGUAUUGAAACUGAACAUUUACAGUGUACUAGUACAUGCACUUUUACAGCGAAUUGCUACUAGCCUACUACCAUGUACAUUGCAAGAGAUUGAGAAGACUGAUAUAAUUGAAAUAAGAUGAAUCGUGUACAGCUUGAAACAUGAUUAACUGUAGAAGCAGGCUGAUCAAGUGAAAGAUUGUUUAAAAUGUUCACAUGACUUUUUGAUCGCAAGCACAGUUACAGAUACAGUUGUAGAUCAUGGGAAGGAAAACCUGCAGUGCUGGACAUCUUUGGCUUUUCACCACUGUGGUGAUAGCGACUAUUUUACCUGCUUUCAGCAGAUUUUUAUUUUCAGAUCAGCUGUUUAGGUCUAGUAUGAAUACUCCGUCACCAAUAUACUCUACUGGACGCACUGAUUCUUUCCUACAUGGAUUGUUGAUUAUUCUCAGAUUCUUUGCUUACAGCUUGGCCUUUGUGUAUAUCUAUGUUGGGUACACAUUGCGUGCUGGACUUGUGCGGAUGCAGCUUCAUAUUACACAUUCUAGUCAAAUUCGGGAUGCAGAACAGUUUUAAUUAUUAUAUACAUGAUGGAUUUUAAGAAUUGAAUACAAAUGGGGCAUACCGGUGGAUAUGUUUAAUGUUCCUUUGGGUAGAUUUGAUACUUGCAUUAUGGGUGCUUAAAAAUUUAGAAACUUAUUCAUCUUAUGCAGUUGGAUGGUGUGGACAUCUUUUAUAAAAUUAAGAAGACAAGGACAGUAUCAGUUUAUUUAUCAGUUACUGAAAUGUGUGGAAUUCCAGAAUGACAUUGUUUUUGAAUUCCUGUGAAUUUAUGUGUUAUUAUUAGUUGCUUUUUAAAGGAACCAGCAGAUCUUCCACUGGAAACUGUUCAUUUUCUGGAUAUUUUAGGCUGAUGGAAAGAAAAUGUCCAUUGUAGAUCAUCACCACUUGAUCAAAGAUUCAAACUAGCCAAUACAACUUAUCUGGUCAUUACAACAGCAAUACAAUGUGCAUCUUGUUCCUGUAUAUCAACCCAUCAUCUUCUGGUCAAGGAUAUGACAUCAUCCUUGCAAGCAACAGAGACGAGUUCUUCAACAGACCAACAAAAUUGGCUGACUUUUGGGAUGAUGCGCCAGAUUGCAUUGGAGGUAUUGACUUAAUGCCUGGGAGAGGUAGCGGAACAUGGCUAGGGCUCUCUAAAGCAGGGAAAAUAGGAAUUUUACUCAAUAUAUUGCAAAAAGAUCUUGAUCCACAAGCCAAAGGAAGGGGUUAUAUUGUAAGAGACUUCAUAAAAGGAAAUGUGUCCAGUCAGGAGCACCUUGCCAUGGUUCAAAAAGACACAAAGAUGGUUGCAUAUAAUCAGUUUAAUAUAAUUUUAUUGGAAAAGAGAGACAAUGGCAAAUGCUGCAAGGUGAUGCUCUAUGAUAAUGUCAGAGGAUGUGACCCAGAAGAAAUUGGACCAGGCUUUCUAGCAGCUGGUAACUCAACAAUUGAUCAACCAUGGAAAAAAGUAGAGGCCGGAAAAAAGAAAUUCCAAAGCAUAGUUUCUGAAAAUAAUUCUCUGUCGUGCAAAGACCAACUAAUGAAAGAAUUGAUGGCCCUUCUGAAUGAUGAGACCAGAAAUUUUCCUGACCCCAUUCUAGAAAAACAAGGUGCGCAUUAUAGCACAGAAGUUCUAGAACAGAGGAGUGCCAUAUAUGUUAAAAUCCCCAGCAUGGAUUAUGGAACAAGAACAAAUACCAUAAUUUUGAUUGAUGGACAGGGAAACUGCACAUACUUGGAAAGAACCUUGAAGGAGCCAGUGAAUUUAGAGCAGCCUGACUAUGAGGAGAGGAAAUAUGAGUUUCAUCUUAAUAAAUAAUACACAUGAAACAGUGCAAUGAAUCACUGUAACAGUAUUACCUUUUUUUUUUGCAGUUCUUUUACAUUCCUAAUGUUACAGUCUGAGUAUGAAUUAUAAAGGUGUGCAAUUGAAAUAUAUUUGUUUUCAAAUGUUUAAAGACUUUUUAUUGAGUUUUGAGUAAGAGGUGAUACUAUGUAUUUAACACAUUUUGCACUGUAGUAAAAUUAUGACAGGGCUAUAGUUCUCGUGUUUACUUGUCUCUCAAAUUUAUAUGAAAGUGUUUGUGAAUAAAACAGGAAGUCUGAUUUUGGAUUUUAAGGUUCAGACAAGAUAAGAUAAAUUGUUAUUAAGGCAAUAAAUAUAUGAAAUAUAAAAUUAUAUUGGGAAUAGAUUGCUUUGUAAAAGCCUCGUAUUAAAAAACUGUAAAAGCUGUAUGAAUAAAAAAGUUUUAAGACUGAAUUAAAAAGGGAUAUGACUGAGGGAUAAGAGCUACAUAAUAAUCAUUUUCUUUCCUUAAAAACUAAAAGGCCUGGAGUUGCAUGGUAAAAAAAAAAAUAUAUAUAUAUAUAGUGUGUGUGUGUGUGUGUGUGUGUGUGAUACCCUUUAUAGAUUCAAUGGGAAUAAGAUCCCAAUCAUGUUACUUGCCGUCUUAACUAACUUUUCCAUUUUUUUUUUGCUCUUCAGUUGCAUGCCCAUACCAUACAAUUAACAUUAGCUAAAAUACUUUCUAUAACACACUCUUAAAUGGACACAUUCCUGUUGAAAGCUUUCAAUGUCCUUAAAAAGUACAUUUGCUGCCUUCUUUUUUUUUUAACUUUCGUGGUGUUAUCGCUCCAGGUAAGUCUAUUGUUCAACAGCCAACAGCUGACUUGUUUUACUGCCUCACCAUCAAUUUCAAUAGAUCUUUACAGGUUUGAUACCUCUUGUAGUCUACAGUUAUCUCGUUUUGUUGUUUGUGUCUAACUUGAAUUGUUUUUAUAUAUAUUAAACGCAUUUAGUGUGUGUAAAAUCUUUCCUGACAACACAAGUUGUUAAUUCGGUUCAUUUUCUUCUAGUUAAGACUACUUUCCGCAAUCUAAAUAUCUCUCAGUCAGAUAUCAUUUUGUAACUUGGGUCUUACAUUUAACAAUAGGGCAGAUGAAUUAUAUCUGCAGAUGAAAUGUUUAAUCAGAUUGUUUUACUUUUUUCUGGAACAAAUACCAUAAUUUUGAUUGAUGGACAGGGAAACUGCACAUACUUGGAAAGAAUUUUGAAAGAGCCCGUGAAUUUAGAGCAGCCCAACUUUGAGGAGAGAAAAUAUGAGUUUCAUCACUGAUGAGACUUUUCCGACUUUUGUUGGAAUUCCGACUCUUUCAUUGUCAUUUAUGUCAUUCUUGUGAAUUGUUUACCCUGGAUCCCUGGCCCACUUUCCUACUUUUUCAGUGAGGACUGAUCUCAUCCCUGAUUUCAUCUAAAUACACAUCAUAUAAGAGAGUUCACGAGUACCAUAGCAUUUUUUGUCUGCAGUUCAGGUCCCUUCCCAUUCCCAAUGUAAGGCCUUAUGGUGACUUUUCUGUAUCUGAAGCACUAUUAAUUCCAUUGGCUAGGGUCAACUGAUGUAAAAGAAACUUACAGGGCCACUCCAGUGGGAUUUUAAAGUGUUGAAAAUACCUUUAAGAUAAACAGAGAGAAAACAAUGACCAGCAAAACAUU